GUGACGCAAAAAGGUGAAAAUUUGUUUAGAGAUGAAGAACCGGUGGUGGAGAUGUGACAACACUAACAUGUGCAAUUGUGUGCACUUGGUUUAAGCGGCUAGCCUAAGACUAAGCGAGGGGCAAGUGUAUGUGGAUUUAAUGGACUCUGUUUCUCUGGUUCAAGGUGGAUGGGUUUCAGACUGAAUCUCAAGUGGGUUUCCCCCUUUCAGUCUAAUUGUUUCACAACUUCCUCUUGCAGGCUCUCUUCUGCCUCUGUUCGAGGCAGGGAGGGUAGCUUGAACUCAGUAAGGUUGUCUUUCCUGUCUAUAAUUUCUGAGGAGGCUUCUAGCUAUUCUCAUGAUCCUGCAAAAGCGUAUGCUCGUUCAUCUGCUGGUCCACAGACCUUAGAAAAUGAUUACUCAGAAACAGAUAAAAUUUCGCAGAAAUCUGCGUCACAAAGAGGCCAAAAUAUGUGCAGCACAUCGGAUUAUGGUUUACUAAUGGAAAAUCUUUAUGUUUUAGAGUCAACAUUUGCUGAUUCGGAUGUGUUGAGGUUGGAAAGAGAGAUUCUGCAACAAUUAGGAAGACUUGGAGCUCUUAAAUUAUUCAAUACUUGUCUAUCUAGGACACCAAAAACCUCAAGUAUUUUUAAUUUGUCUGAUGUUCCUGCUGAGCAGACAAUGAAUGGCACAGUGGAGAAUCACAAGGGGAAGAUAAUUAUUCACUCUAAAAGGAAGGAAAAGAGAAAAUCAAGGACAGAAAGAGUAUCAGAAAAGUCUAGUAAAACUUCUUCAGUGUCAUUGCCUUCAAAAGCCACCUGUGGAAAUUUAGAGCAGCGCACUGUUUCUUUCACGAAAAGAAAAUCAAACUCUAGAAGCAGAAGAUCAAUGAUUGCUAGAAAUGAGGCAGAGAUGUCAAAGGGGGUUAAGGUGGUUGCAAACUUGGAAAGAAUCAGAACAACUUUGGAAGAAGAAGCAGGGCAAGUUCUUAGUUUGAGUUGCUGGGCUGAAGCAGCUGGAGUUAGUGAGAAGGUGCUGCGGCAGUAUCUGUGUUUCGGUUGGUAUUGCAGAGAUGAGCUGCUUCAGAGUACGCGCUCCUUAGUGUUAUACCUUGCAAGAAAUUACAGGGGUCUAGGAAUACCAUUAGCAGACUUAGUUCAGGCCGGAAAUUUUGGUGUUCUACAAGGUGCGGAGAGGUUUGACCAUACAAGGGGAUACAGAUUCUCAACCUAUGUUCAGUACUGGAUAAGGAAAUCAAUUUCAAGGAUGGUGGCACAGCAUGCGAGGGGAAUCAAAAUUCCUUACACGCUAAGCAGGUCAAUAAAUAAAAUACAGAAAGCUCGAAAAGCUUUGAACAGCAGCCAUGGAAAAUAUCCAGAAGACAUUGAGAUUGCCAAGUUCACAGGUCUUUCUUUGGCUGAAAUCAGAUCAGCUAGCGAAUGCCUGCGAGUUGUGGGGUCAAUUGAUCAGAAAAUAGGGGAUUGGCUGAAUGCAAAAUAUUUGGAAUUUAUGCCUGAUUUGUCUAUAAACGGUCCUGAAGAAAUUGUGACAAGGCAACACAUGAAGAAAGACAUUUAUAAUCUUUUAAAGAAUUUAGAUUCAAGGGAGAGACAAGUAUUGAUGCUAAGAUAUGGGCUUAAGGAUCAUCGCCCUAGGUCGCUUGAGGAGAUUGGGAAGCUUUUCCACGUGAGCAAAGAGUGGAUAAGGAGAAUAGAGAAGAAAGCCAUGACAAAAUUAUCGGAUGAAGAAACCUGCAGAAAUUUAAGCCAUUAUUUGGAUUUGUAGUUACCAUUGAACUCGAGAAGCUCCCAUGUUCUUCUUUCCCCAAAAAGAAAAAGGAAUUGAGCUUGGGAAAAGUGGUUAAUCUGAAGCAGGCCGGAAAGCUUUUCACCAGAGUGCCAACAGAUUUAUCACCUUGAACAUGCAAAUUAGUGAGAUAUGGCGCUUCCGUCAGAGGCAUUAUUCCACAAAGAGAGUUGAUGUGAGUUUUGUAUAUUUUUGACCUAAUAAUUGAUCUACCACAUCAACUCUACAAUGUAAAAAAAUUUCAAUGAUUCAUACAUAAUACUUUGAUUUUGUUAUUUCAUUCUGGGUGAGGUUAGUAGAGGUCCUAGAGGAUAUACAUGUAUAUUGGCUUUGUCACCAUAAUUGUACAAUUCUUUUGUUGAGGUUAGACGAACUUCAGACAUUAUUAUCUAGUGUGUUGUAUGCUAUAAAUCUACAAUUCAUUCGGAUUA